AUGGCGACACCAGAGGACGACAAGUGCCCCGUGGACCACAAGAGCCGGGAAGCCUGGCUCCAGCAAGCCCGGGCAGCUUCGGCGGCAACCUCCCCGUCCGCGACGACGACGACGACAUCACCACAAUCGCAAGCGUUGCCGCCGUCGCACCCGCCGAUACCUUCCUCGGCCGACGCGAGCGGCGCCGAGAGCUGUCCGACGGGCAACUGGAUCUACCCGUCCGAGAAGAUGUUCUUUGACGCGAUGAAGCGCAAGGGCCACGACCCGCAGGCGCCCGACAUGCAGACUGUCGUGCCGAUCCACAACGCCGUCAACGAGCGCGCGUGGCAGGAGAUCAAGCAGUGGGAGGCCCCCUGGAUCGCGGGGACAAGCUGCCAGACCCCGCGCCUCCAUUCCUUCAGCGGCCUGAGCACAAAGCUCUCGCCCAAGGCCCGCCUCAACACGCUCCUCGGCUACCAGGCGCCCUUUGACCGGCACGACUGGGUCGUCGACCGCUGCGGCACCGAGAUCGAGUACAUCAUAGACUUCUACGCCGGCAGGCCGAACCCAAAGGGCAACGGGAUGCCCAGCUUCUACCUCGACGUCCGGCCGAAGCUGAACAGCUGGGAGGGGGUCAAGAUGCGGGCCUUCAGGGCCGCGGGGUUCUCGUGA